AUGGAUAAUCUGGAUCAUAAAGAUGUUUCUGUGCAAAUAUCAUUGCAAAAUGCACUUCGAAUAAUUAAAAAGAGGGCAAGGCAAAAUGAAGGUUCAAAUGAUCCAAGUCCUGAACGAAGGAUUGCUGAAGUGGAUCAGAUAUCGAAAGAUAAAUUAAAGGAAAAGAGGAGACGUGUAAGAAAUAGAAAAAAGGAAAAAAAAAGAUUACUCAAAUUAAGCACCCAAGUUCCAUUACCACAUUUUCAUCAUCAACUUCCUCCAAACUUAUUUCAAUCUCUACCACAUGAAAGGUUUGAAUCAAGGCCACAUGCUACUAGAAGCGAUUAUAGCGUUGAUAGCAGAAAUGAUGAUUAUUUUGAACGAGAACCAAACUUUAGAGAUCGUAGAAAUGAUGAUUAUUUUGAACGAGAACCAAACUUUAGAGAUCGCAGAAAUGAUGAUUAUAUUGUACGAGAACCAAACUUUAGAGAUCGCAGAAAUGAUUACAUUGUAAGAGAACCAACCUUUAGAGAUCGUAGAAAUGAUGAUUAUAUUUUACAAGAACCAAAUGUCAGAGAUCGCAGAGAUGAUGGUUAUGUUGUACGAGAACCAAAAUUUAGAGAUCGCAGAAAUGAUGAUUAUAUUGCAAGAGAACCAAAAUUUAAAGGUCGCAGAAAUGAUGAUUAUAAUGCAAGAGAUCCAAACAGAAAUCAACGGCUUUCAGUGACAUCAGAUAUUAGUGUACAACAGAUUAUUACAACCUAUGCUUCAUCAUCAUAUUUAGAGAUGGCAAACGUUGCCUCUGUUAAAUUGGAAAAGUCGUCACAAAAACUUCUGGUAUUAGAUUUGAAUGGAACAUUAGUGUUCAGGGAUUACAAAAAGAGUAUUGAAAUACGUCCACAUAUGGAAAAAUUCUUGCGAUAUAUCUUCGAAUCAAAUAGCUUUAUUGUAAUGGUAUGGUCAUCAGCUCAACCCUAUAAUGUCCGUAAAAUGGUUAAUGCAGCAUUUGGUCACUAUGCAGAACGGUUAGCUGCAAUAUGGACGAGGAAAGAGUUUAAUUUGUCCCUCGAAGAUUAUCAAAAAAAAGUCGAAACGAUUAAAGAUCUGGAAGUAGUAUGGAAAGAUUUUAACAGUAAAACAUCAACCACUUCAUCUCAAAUUGUAUGGGAUCAAACCAACACAAUUUUGAUGGAUGAUUCCACCACGAAAUCAAGAUUACAACCUUUUAAUGCCAUUCAUUUGCCUGAAUUUGAAAUUAUGAGAUAUAAAAGUAGGAAUGAUAAUGAUCUGAGUAAUGUUAUCGAAUAUUUAAUGAGGCUACAUAAACAAAGUAAUGUUAGUUCUUAUAUCAAAGAAAAUCCUUACAUCCCUUAUGACAAUAAAACUUCCAUUGUUAUUAAAAACGAGGACGGAAAUAACAGUAGCUUUUUAAACUAUGGCAAAAACAAGAAACAAAGAAUGACAUAG